AUGAUUUCCCGAGCCGAGCCCGGGCCCCGGCCAUCUGCCACCCCCGCGCCCGCGGGCCCGCCCGCCGGCGACAUCCCGGCCAAGGCCCAGGGCCCCGGUCUCUGCCCCCCAGCGCUCUGCGGCCCAGCCGGGCCGGCACAAUCCGGCAAGCCCGUGGCCCCGGUCUCUGCCACCCCCGCCGCCUGGCCCGCCCCGCCCCGCCGCACAUCCCGCCAGGCCCCGGCCCCCGGUCUCUGCCGCUCCGCUCGCGCUGGCCCCGCCUCCGCCCGCCGGCACACGGGCGGCCAGCCCGGCCCCGGUCUCUGCACCCCGCUCUGCCCUGCCCGCCCAGCCGGCACAUACUUCUUGUCUAAGGCCCCGCCCCGUCCCUGCCCCCACAGCAUCGCCCUGGCCACUACAGCCACCCCGCCCGCCCGGCACAUCCCGGCCAAGGCCCCGGCCCCGGAUCCUCUGCCACCCCGCUCGCCCGGCACACCGCCCGCCGCAACAAUCCCGGCCAAGGCCCCGGCAGCGGCCGCCGCGCGCCUCGUGUGCAGCGGGAAGCAGCGAUCGGCCGGGCGCGGGCAGGGAUCAGCCCCCAGCACCGCACGCCGCGUUACGUGUAAACUGCUGACCACAGGGAACUUACAAAACGGGAUUCGACAGGGUGCGGGGAGAGUGUCUGUGUCGUUGAAAUGA